AAAAACCACGUGUGCGUAAGCUGAAGUGAGCAAGUUAAUAACACGUUCAGCCAUAAAUAUAGUCCGUGUUUUUUGGCAAAAUGGUUCGUAAAUUAAAAUUUCACGAGCAGAAACUCUUGAAGAAAGUAGAUUUUAUUAACUGGGAGGUUGACAACAAUAUACACGAGGUUAAAAUAUUGAGAAAAUAUCAUAUUGAGAAGAGGGAAGAUUAUACCAAAUACAACAAACUCAGUCGAAAUAUCAGAGAAUUGGCACAGAAAAUACGGGACUUGGACGCAAAGGAUGGAUUCAGAUCUCAAAGUACAGCCCUUUUCUUGGAAAAACUAUACAGUGUCGGUUUGAUUCCCACCAAACAAAACCUCUCUCUUGCAAAUGAAGUCUCAGCAUCUGUAUUCUGCAGGAGACGGCUUCCCACAAUCAUGCUGAAACUGCGUAUGGCUCAGAACCUAAAGAACGCCAUCACCUUCAUUGAGCAGGGCCAUAUUCGUGUUGGGCCAGAAGUCAUCACUGAUCCUGCAUUUCUUGUAACAAGAAAUAUGGAAGACUUUGUCACAUGGGUGGAUUCCUCCAAGAUCAAACAACAUGUCAUGAACUACAAUGAGGAGCGAGACGACUUUGACCUCAUGGCCUAAAUCUCCAAGUGAAUUAUGAACAUUUGGAUUUCAACCAGAAAUUCACUUGUGAUUCGUUAAUGC